AUGUUUGCACGUAACGCCGCCAGAGCUUUCACUGCUCCUUCCGCCCGUCUUUUCUCUUCUUCAUCUGCUCGUCAGACAAAAGUCACUGUGCUUGGUGCUGGUGGAGGAAUCGGUCAACCUCUGUCUCUGCUGUUAAAGUUGGAUCCAUUAGUGUCGAAUUUGAGUCUGUACGAUAUUCGUGGAGCUCCUGGUGUCGCCGCAGAUGUCAGUCACGUUGACACCCCUAGUGAGGUGAAUGGGUUCGCUAUGGAAAACUUGGACGCUGCUCUUGAAGGUACCAAGGUUGUUGUGAUCCCUGCUGGUGUACCGAGAAAGCCUGGAAUGACCCGCGAUGAUCUUUUCAAUACCAACGCAUCCAUCGUUCGUGACCUCGCUGCUGCCGUUGCUCGUGUCGCUCCCACUGCACACAUCCUUGUCAUCUCCAAUCCUGUCAACUCCACCGUUCCAAUUGUAGCCGCCACAUUAGAGAAAGCCGGUGUCUUUGACCCCAGUCGUGUCUUUGGUGUCACCACUCUCGACGUCGUUCGUGCAUCGCGUUUCCUCGCUUCAGUUUCAGGCACCACUCCCUCAGAAUGUAAUGUUCCUGUCGUAGGAGGUCACUCUGGUCCUACUAUCGUUCCUUUGCUCUCGCAGGUUGCAAAGGGUAAAGGACUACAGGGCGAAACUUAUGAGCAGCUCGUGCACAGAAUCCAAUUCGGUGGUGAUGAGGUUGUCAAAGCCAAGGAUGGUGCUGGAUCAGCUACUCUCUCCAUGGCUUAUGCCGGCGCCAAGUUUACUAACUCGCUCCUCCGGGGUCUCAACGGAGAGAAGGGUGUCAUUACCCCCACCUUUGUAAAGAACCCGCUCUUCGCCGAUAAGGGCAUCGACUUCUUCUCUUCCCCUGUAGAGCUCGGUGUUAAUGGUGUCGAGAAGAUUCACCCUAUUGGCCCUCUCUCUGCCGAGGAAGAAAAACUUCUCGAGGCAUGCUUGCCUGAGCUCAAGAAGAACAUCGAGAAGGGCAAGGCUUUCGUUGCAUAA